UGGACCACUUGCCUUCUCGACUGGAGGGAGUAAUAGUCUAGCUGUUUCCUAUAUUCAGGGAUCAGAACUGAUUGCUGUUGUGAUUUGCUAAUAAUCACAACGGAUUGUAUUCCAUUUCCUCUUGUAUAGGCCGCAUGCGCAUAUAAAUAUGAUGGUAGGCGUACAUCGUCUGGAGCGGAAAACCAGUCUUCAACCAUGGUGAAAUCCAAAGAUGAUCGGUACUCUUCCGGUGAUCGGAGCGGCCGCGGCGGCAUCACGGCGUCGGCCAUCGUCGCCCCAGCCGUCUCCGGGUCGCACGUUCUCAAGAUCGAAGGCUACUCCCGAACCAAAGGGCUCGGCAACGGCAAUUGCAUCGUAUCCAGGACAUUCGCAGUCGGUGGUCAUAGGUGGUAUAUCCAAUACUUCCCUGAUGGCAGCGGCACUGACGCUGCCGAUUGGAUAUCCAUCUUCAUCUGCCUCCAUGACGAUGAUACCAGUGAAGUCAAAGCAUCAUACAAGAUUAAUCUGCUCGAUCAAGGCGGGAAUCCGGUCCCGUCGUACUGCUUUGCCAGGUCGACUAAAACCUUCUCCAGAAGAAUGCCAUGGGGUUGCAGAGCAUUCAUCAAGAGAAGGGACUUAGAGGAAUCAGCUUACCUCAGGAAUGAUGUUUUCAGCGUCAGCGGUUGUGGCACGCAGUGGCAGUCCUCGUCGGCCAUCGUGGCGCGAGCUGCGCAAGUGUAUGGCUCGCACAUUUUGAAGAUUGAUGGGUACUCCCGAACCAAGGGGCUGGGCACCGGCAAAUGCAUCACGUCUGAGAUCUUCCAGAUCGGGGGCCAUCGCUGGUGUAUGAAGUACUACCCGGAUGGCUACACAGGCUACAAUAACUCAAUAUCCAUCAGUCUAUGUCUUGAUCAGGCUGAGGUCAAUGAAGUUCGAGCACGAUACAAGAUUAGUUUGCUUGAUCAGGAUGGGGAAACAGUGCCUUCGCCUACCUACAACCAAGCAUGUUACACUUUCUCCAAAGAACAUGGCCCACAGGUUUGCUAUAAUCUCAUCAGUAGGAAGGACUUAGAGGAGUCGGUCUACCUCAAAGAUGAUAUUUUCAGCGUCAGGUGCGUGCUCGCUGCCCGGUCCUCUGUCUUCAGGGUGGAGCCCUUUGGUCCUAUGGGGGAGAAGACCACAACUUGUGUACAUAUAAAGGACAUGGAAGCUAAGGUCUUCAAGGCCAUGCUCCACUUCAUCUACUCGGACUCGCUGCCGCAUACCGACGACGCCGACGCGAUUGGGACGGCUCAACAUCUACUUGUAGCGGCGGACAGGUAUAACCUCGAGAGGCUGAAGCUGAUAUGCGUGCAGAAGAUGUGCAGCAACAUGGACACAAGCAUGACGGUGACAACCUUAGCAUUGGAUGAGCAACAUGGAUGCCGCGGGCUGAAGGAAGUAUGCGACGACCAAUACCGUUGCCAGAAUGAGCUGCGGACGCGUCGCUAUCGCCGCUCCCCUACUGAAGCCGGCUUCACCUUGUUGAUGACAACCAUGAAGUCUUCGUGCACUUGCCCCUAA